AUGGGGACCACCAUGUGUGUGCCGCUGCGGCGGCGAGAGGAGAGUCUGCUGUCGUACUUUGGCGUUCCAGUGAACGCACUCACCGUCUACGAGCAGCGGGUGGUGCAGCAGUCGACCAGCUACAUCCCAGGCAUUCCCGUCCUACUGCAGGACAUUGCAUUUUAUUGGGACUCGCGUGUUGAGGGGGACGCCGGUGGCGGAACCACUGCGGCUGUGUCGCCAGACAGCAUAUGGAUUGCCACUGUGGAAAAAACUAUCAACGAGUUUGCGAGGAAGUGCAAAUUUUUUUCGCUUCGCAAGAAUACACAUGUGCGCAAAAAUGGCGGUGACGCAAAGAAGAAAUCCUCCGGGAAGUACACUAGCCGUGUCUUUAAUAAGCCCCUUCAGGCCUUGAUGGGAAAGCGGCCGCUUUGUGCCCCACACUUUGUCGCCAUAUUGACGCUUUUCCUUCGCAAGCUACCAGAGCCGCUGCUGACCUCGCUGUAUGUGCGCAAGAUGGAAGAUAUUUUGAGUAAUAAAAAUUUAACCGAAGAUGAGAAGGCCCAGGCGCUGCAGAAAGCAAGCCGUCAGACGUUUAUGUCCACCCAUCCUACAGAGAAUGCUGUCUACCAGUAUCUGAAGCAGUUGGUACAACGUCACCGUGCCGAAUUGAUUGCGGCAGAGGUGGAGAUGUUGGCGCACUCAAUGGCGCGAGAGUCAACGGAGCAAGUUACGGAGUUUGUUCUGCAGCAGUUGCGUCCAGUUGUGGGGUCUGUGCUGCCCACACAGAAGCGGGGGGGACUGAUAGGCAACAAGCCUGAGUUGAACGUUUCCAGUGGUGUCACGCCAGAGGCUUCGGUUGAUGUUGCAAGCGGCACUGAGGAGGCGCCGUAUUCUCCGCCAGGGUCCCCACAUAGUGAGGCUGUGAGGGGGGCACACACGUCAACACACGGCACGUCGGCUGGGUCGUUAGAGUCAGCUUCUGCACGUGCCACCUGCAGUGACAAGAUGGAAAUCGACGGGGACAAGAAGAACGAGGCUGACGGAAAUCCGCUAGCGGAGGGGGAGACAGGGCAGGGGUCUGCGAUACGUUACGCGGACUCCACCAAUUCGUCAUCGUCAAGCAUGGCAGAAGAAAAGGACGAAGAGACAAAAACCAGCGUGAGUCGGGGCGGGGGGAUUCCCGCUGCUUCCAAAGAGGCCAGCGUUGGUAUAAGCCAAGAGACGAAUUCGGGGAAUAGUGCAGGGAAAUUAGUGGCGCCGAAGGAGCGUCAUGGCCAACCUGCUUUGAUAGCGGAGGAGGAACAAUGGGACUCGGCAGGGACAAGAAAUGUAGAAACCACACCACACAACAAGGUUCUGGUUGUGGAUUCCGUUCAGGCGACGAACACUUCCGGUGUGGUGUCAAGGCGUGAGGCGCGAGAGCAGCCUUCGUCGGUGGAGCAGAAGAGACAAAACACGUCCAUCAAUGAUGCGAGUGGUGACGUUGCCGGUAGUGGAAGUGACGUGAAGAACAAAACCACCGUCAAUGUUUUUUCUAGUCCGUGUGAUGUUGCCAAACUGGAGGAAAAGGCCGUCAAGUGGAAGCAAACCUCACCACCCUGCAAAUUCAGCAGUUCAAACCACUCACCACUCAACCUCAGCAGGGCCGUUAGUUCCCCGCUGCAUGGAGGAGAAGUGGGGGGUGUUAACGGGGCUGAGAAGCAAGAGAAGGAGCUGCAGCAGCAGCAGUUGGUGCCGCGAGGGAUUUCGUCGUGUGUGGGGACGCAGUCGCCACGAGCUCAACCGCUUGGCUCAUUGGCUGCAGCAUCACCUCUCAUAGCUAGCAGAGACUUGAGCCCGAUCGCUAGCGGUGGGAAACUGCCCCACAUUGGUGUUUCCAGGUCAUUGGCCGAGCAACAUCCUCGCUCUGCCGCGUUGUUGGGGGCAAAACAGUUGUUCCUUGGCAAGCAGAUUCUUCCCGCGAAGCAGGUUCAGCUUGAGCUCUCGUCAUCAUUAUCCCUGAUUGAUUCGGUCGAUGCUAAAGCGAAGGGCCCUGACUCUGAAUUCCGGUCCACAAGGCAGGCCUCAAAACACACGACUGAGGUUCUCAAUGGCGUCUGCGGUCAACCGCUGUCUCACGAUGAGAGAAAAAGCUUUUUCUCUUACGACGACACCGAUAAACUUUUUCGUGUGCAUGAUGAAAGCUUGAUUCAGAAGGUUAUUCAGCCACUCGAGGCGAAGCUGGAUCAGUUAACAGCACGUUGUACAUCUUUUGAACAGCUGUUGAAGACACUUGGGACACUGGAGCCGCCUCACCAGAGCCCACAAUUUCGGGAGCAGGUGGUGGGUGAGGUGAGACUCCUGAAAGACGUUGUGCGGCAGUUGGUGGAGAGUCAUUCUGAAAACGUGGAGGAUAUACAGAAUCUUCAGAAACAGCUUGAACAACAGACACAGCGACUGGCGUGUAACAAGGAUGAGGUGCAAGGCUGGCAUGGCGAGGCACUGAGUGCGAAGGAGAUGGCACUUGAAGCACAGCUUCGUUGUGCCGAUCUGCAGAAGACCCAAAUUCAGAAUCAUCAGACCUGCCAGUAUAUGUCCUUGAAGCUGAGGGAAUUAGCGUCCAAGCUGGAACACGGAGAAAAGGAUUGCCUUGAUUUGAGAGUUGAGGUUUCCGCGCUCCAGCGGCAAGCUGUGCAGAUGCGAGAGAAACUUCUUACCACUUUUUGA